CAGCCGCAGCAGGUUUAAAAGUGGAUUUGACCGCAUGAGGAGAGACCUGGAAGCCUAAGAGGAACAGAAGUCGGAGCUUCAACCGGUUGGAGUGAUCUGAAAGCGGUCGUCUCCCCGCAGGAUGCUGCCGCCGCUGCUGCCGCUGCCUCCGCGGAUGUUACGGAGCGCUGCGGCGCGACAGGUCGCUCAGAAGCUCACGUACAGCUCAGCGGCGCAUGCGCAGAUGAAACCCAAAAAGGCAAAGUUUGGUCCUCUAAGUGAUCAGGACCGGAUCUUUACUAACCUUUAUGGCCGGCAUGACUGGAGACUCAAAGGAGCGCUCAAAAGAGGAGACUGGUAUAAGACCAAAGAGAUCGUCCUGAAAGGACCCGAAUGGAUCCUAAACGAGGUGAAGAUCUCAGGCCUCAGAGGCAGAGGGGGUGCAGGAUUCCCCACUGGGAUGAAGUGGAGUUUCAUGAACAAACCCAGUGAUGGCAGGUAUAAAGGACAUCUUUCACCACAUACAACCUUAAUGCCCACCCCAACAUUCAAGUGCAUUUCCUUCUUUCCCCUGUCCAGGCCCAAGUACCUGGUAGUGAAUGCAGAUGAGGGGGAACCUGGGACGUGUAAAGACCGAGAGAUCCUGCGUCACGACCCCCAUAAGCUCAUUGAGGGAUGCCUCAUUGCUGGAAGAGCCAUGGGGGCUCGGGCGGCGUACAUCUAUAUCAGAGGAGAGUUUUACAAUGAGUCAUCAAAUCUGCAGGUGGCUAUUAAUGAGGCAUACAAGGCCAGGCUGAUUGGGAAGAAUGCCUGUGGUUCAGGGUAUAACUUUGAUGUGUUUGUGAUGCGCGGGGCCGGCGCUUACAUCUGCGGAGAGGAGACGGCACUCAUUGAGUCUCUUGAGGGCAAGCAAGGCAAACCUCGUCUAAAGCCACCUUUCCCUGCAGAUAUAGGCGUCUUUGGAUGCCCAACAACAGUGGCCAACGUGGAGACCGUUGCUGUGGCGCCUGCGAUCUGUCGCCGUGGCGGAGCUUGGUUUGCCAGCUUUGGGAGGGAGAGGAACUCUGGGACGAAGCUGUUCAACAUCUCGGGUCACGUGAACUUCCCAUGCACCGUGGAGGAAGAGAUGUCGAUUCCUUUGAGAGAGCUCAUCGAGAGACAUGCAGGGGGAGUGAGGGGAGGCUGGGGCAAUCUAUUAGGAGUGAUCCCAGGAGGCUCCUCCACUCCCAUCAUCCCUCAGCAUGUUUGUAGCGACGUUCUGAUGGAUUUUGAUGACCUGGUCCGCGCGCAGACGGCUCUGGGAACUGCAGCGGUUAUAGUCAUGGACAAAUCAACAGAUGUGAUUCGAGCCAUUGCACGUUUGGUUGAGUUUUACAAGCACGAGAGCUGUGGCCAGUGCACCCCCUGCAGGGAAGGAGUGGACUGGAUGGAUAAAAUGAUGUGGCGGUUUGUGCGAGGAGACGCAGCCGUGUCAGAAAUCGACAUGAUCUGGGAGCUCAGCAAACAGAUCGAGGGUCACACUAUUUGUGCCCUGGGAGACGGAGCGGCUUGGCCUGUUCAGGGUCUAAUACGCCACUUUCGGACUGACAUGGAAAACCGCAUUGCUCAGCAUAAAGAGAAAAAUCCUCCAAGGAAGCAGAAGAUCGAGAUGAUCUGAACUGGGAAGUUUCCUGCAUUUUAUCCAACACAAUAAUAAAACAUCCAAGUUUUAAAUAAUUUUUGCAGCUAAAGUUUUAGGAAAUUAUUUAAUUCAGCCAUUUUCUGAAACAUAUGGCAUUUAAUUCCUUAUCUGUCUGCAAUUGAGCUUAAUUGAAAUCCAAUAAACACAGACUCAAUCACCCCAAUAAAUUAGGUUUAUUUCAUAAAAGGAUGAAAUUUUGUAGGUGUACCACAUGUAACUCCUGUAUGACCUGUACAAAAGAGGAAUUAGGAAAGAAAACCAACAAACAAACAGGGAGAGACACAAAAAAGGGCCAAACAGUAGGAAAAACUACUCUAAAAUAAAAUGGUCAUUGAUGUAUAACAUCAAACUGAUAUUUUUUUUUAUAGCUUUAGACCAUUUUUUUUUUUUUAAUCUGCUGCUGUUCUGAUUGAAUUCAAAGUAAAAUGUGAGGCAGACCGCCGCUCAUCUGAGCCUCUAUACAUCCAAAAAGAAAAGGAAGUCGUGCAAAUGUUCAUCUUCAACCUAUAAUGUAUGCAAAACAUUAGUACGUCCACUUGUUUCCAAGAGCUGAAUUAAUUGUUCAAAA